UAUCUACAGUGAGAAGAUUUCGCAGUCUCUGACUGUUCGAAAAUGUCGCACAAUCUUGGAGGACAAAUAUUCGAACCAGCUAUGUAAAAUUCAAAUGAAACCUUGGGAUAGAGAUGAUUAUGCAGAGUUUGAAGAUAUGCACACCGUUGUUACCAUGGUAAAGAAGGACGCUAAUGGGAGAGAUAUUAAGGAAAAACAAAUACUUCAAGGCUCUGUUGGGAAAAUAUUUUCAGCCAAAGUAAAUGGAAAGUUUCCAUCUCGAAUCCUUAUUUCGGCUCCGGCUGGACGAGGAAAGACGACAGCUGUUGCUAAGAUGGCACACGACUGGGUUCACAGAGAGGAAGGGUCAGGAUUAGAAGAUUUGCCACUUCUGUUCGUUGUCAAGUUUCGAAACACAAGUCACAGUACAUCGAUUGGAGAAGCCAUAAUAUCACAACUCCUGAGUGAUGUUGACGAUCUGACGCCAGAGGGGCUAGAAAGUUUCAUCAGACAACAUCAGGGAAUGUGUCACAUUGUACUAGAUGGUCUUGAUGAGUAUGCUGGUAUCUAUUCCUCAAGUAAUAUCAUGAGCAUUCUCCGCUGGGAAAUGUUUCCACAAUGUCGAGUUAUUGUAACAACACGACCUCACCUAGAAGACAUGUUCAGUCAAGGGGGUCUUCCAAGGGUAUACACGAAGAUGGAGAUCGAAGGAUUCUCUAAGGAGAGCUCAUGUGAUUACAUUGACAGGUUCUUUACUUCAUUUCCGGACACUUUAACAGGAAAUGGUCUGAAAUGUUACCUCGAUGAACAACCAAUUAUUGAGGAACUAGUCAAAACACCACUAUUUUGCCUCAUGGUUUGUCACUUAUGGUCUAAAGAUCUACUUAGCAGUGAGACUUCAACCCAGACAGCAAUACUAGACAAAGUAAACGUGUUUUUGAUGCACCACGCAAAUGAACGAACCGAUGGGUUGUUCACGUCUGAAACCCUAGACAAAAUUAUCCACAAACUGGGUAAAGUUGCCCUCACUGGUUUGCUUAAUGAUUCUAAGAAGCUAGUAUUUACCCCUCGUGAUUUUCAGAAGAUUUCCUCUGCCCUUGAUACGGCUUGUGAGCUAGGGAUAGUAUCUAAGACAACUAUAUCAAACGCUCGCCUUCCUCGAACUAACAAAACAAAAUCUACUACUAUAGAAUUUUAUCACAAACUUGCCCAAGAACACGCAGCCGGAAAGUUCCUCGCUGAUAAAACAAGCCAUUUGCAGCUGAAUUGGAAGAUCUCUAAGUUAGACCGAGUGCUUCGAAAGAUUGAAAGAAACAUUGGUGAAUAUGUAAAUCUUGUUCGUUUUGCUGCUGGCACAAAGAACGGCCUCUGCAUUCGAAUAAUGGAGACGCUUCUGACAAAUAAAUAUUUAUCUGAGAGUGAGCGUUAUCGUAUUCUCUUAGAUUGUUCGUCCGAGUCAGGGGUUAGCGAUGGGAAUGUGUCAUCACUGGUGCGAAGGUGUGUGACGUCACAAAGUAUUCUUUUGAAGUCACCAACAAUCUACACUGUUGUUGGUAUGCGAAAUCUUCCAAGUGAACUGAAACAGAAGGUUCUUAGUGUGAAAAUCGAGCAUUCUGUUCUGACAACCGUUGUGACAGAGGGACUAUGGAGAUGCCUUAAAUCAUUUACGAUGCUAAGUUCUCUCACCAUCUCAGACUCAUCUAUCGAUUUCCCUCCAUCUCCUCCUGAGCUAACAUCCAUCAGAAGUUUAUCAGUUGAGAAAGUGACGUCACAAUGCUUGAAAAGUUUAAUUUCAUCGCUCCCUGGUUCGACAGACAUGUAUAUAUAUGAUGCAGAGGGGGAUAUAGCCCAGAUCACAUCUGCUCUGGGAGGACAGAAGUUCGAACGAAUAAUCAUUCGCGACACUCCGUCAUCAUUCCCGUCACGGAAGAGUCCUUUCUGGAGUGAGACAGUGAGGGGUCCGAGGCUGCUAAUCGACACAGAUGACACGGACUGUUUUAUAUUGCACAGCGCUAAACAUUCGGAAGACAAAGGUCCUGUUGAAGUCCUCGAGUCGUUUGCAUUUUUGGCAUCAUUGGCUAAACUGAAAUUAGAAUUCCGUAACGGUUGGUCUUUCAACUUCGAAAUGACGUUUGGGGUAAAGAUAACCAAAUGUCAACUGUCUCCAGAGAUGACUUCGAGAAUAUGGUCCUGUCUGAGUUCCUUCACCUCACUUAGCCAUCUCACCAUCUCUGACUCAUCUAUCAGUUUCCCUCCAUCUCCUCCUGAGCUACCAUCCAUCACAUAUCUAUCAACUAAGAGAGUGACGUCACAAUGCUAUGAAGGGUUGAUCUCAACACUCCCUGCUUUGGUAUAUAUCAAUAUCAUUAUCGAUGAUGCAGAUGGAGACAUAGCCAAUUUCACGGCUGGUCUUCGUCGGACUGGAGGACGCAAGUUAACAUGGAUCACCCUUCAAGCACCGCCACCACUCCCAUCAGAGAAGAAGACUGUUUCAAGCAAGACAAUGAGAGGACUGGGUCUGCUCAUCAAGGAACAUACCAAGAACCUGGAGUAUCUCAUUCUGGACAGUGUGAAGUGUACAGACGAGGAUGACUUGGUUUAUCUCAUUGAAUGCUGCAGACAUGUGAAGACGAUGGAAUACGUAAGGUAGGUUCUUGUUUUAAACAUUAUUUGUUAUUAUAACUAACACACAUCAAUCAAAAUCAGUAGUUUGAUUCACAAACAGUGUUCAUAAUAAAGUACACUUUAUUUUUUUUAUGUUAUUAAGGUGUCAAUUCAAAGCAGUUGCUCUAUUCAUAUAGUAUGUGUAUAGGUUAUUUUAUGAUAAUUUUUGGAUGUAUUGAGAGAACAAAAUCUAGCAUUGAUAGAGUCAGAUUAUCAUUAUCUUAAUCCUAUGUAUCCUCUGUUAGAAUUAUUAUUGAAAAUAAUAUGACACAUCCGUAAGCACGUUAACAUCACAAGAAGUCCCUCAGUAACUAAUUAGCACCAGGGCUUACAUUACUGUUACUUAAACUGUUAAAGCAAUUGUAUAUUUCUUUUUUUAUUAACAUUAAAAACCACAAAUGAAAUGACAGAUUAAAACCAGUUAUCAUUUCCAAAUUUAAGCACAGUAGAAAUAUUGAAUACUCGAUAAGUUGGUGUAUUUUCCCCAAUGGUCUCUCAAUAUUUCAUUUCUAUCAUUUUCAUU